AUGAUAUUGAUACCAAUAAUCAACAAAAUCUUCAAGCUAUCCGCGGUAAUCUCAUCAGCCCUGAAUCUCCAGAUUCGACUCAACAUCCCAGAACUCACUCACCUCGCAAACGUAAAUUCCAACUCCCCAUACACCCUCACAAACAACAAAUUACUAACAACAAGCAGCACCCCAAAGAUAGUAAUCCAAGCAGCCGAAGCCACAUGCGUAUUCCAGAACUCGACAAUCACCGCGGCCGCCACGAUCUAUGCUGGUAGGGAAACCAUGUAGUUUUAUAUAGAAUUCCAUCCCUGCGCGAAAGAGAGAGCUGGGUCGACGAAGAACUCGGCAUGGCGGAUGAUGGCGCUGCUGAGGGGGACGAGUGCACUAUUGCGAGUUUUGUUAAUGAGAAUUCAGGAUGUAGGGGAGAUGAGGUGGGAGGCAGCGAGGUACCUUAG